AUGACCUCCUCGCCCAACUAUGCCCACCUGCUGCCCCCCUCGUGGAAGAGCCUCGUCACUUCCUGGAUCGGCGAAGACACCCCGUCGUUCGACUAUGGCGGCUUUGUCGUUGGCGAAUCGGAGCAGGUCGCCAUUCUCUUUGGGAAGGCCGAGGGCGUUGUUGCCGGUGUUCCCUUUUUCGAAGAAGUCUUUCGCCAGUGCGAUUGCCGGGUCGAAUGGAAGGUCCAGGAAGGCGCCGAAUUCACUCCCGGGCCCGAGGGCAAGAAGGAGAUUGCCCGAGUCUAUGGCAAGGCUCGAAAUUUGCUGCUCGGCGAGCGUCCGGCGCUGAAUAUGCUUGCUAGAGCAAGCGGCAUCGCUACCAGAGCCCGACGCCUUGCCAAGCUCAAGGAACAGCAUGGCUGGACCGGCCUGAUUGCCGGAACCCGCAAGACAACCCCAGGUUUCCGCCUGGUGGAAAAGUAUGCUAUGCUCAUCGGUGGGGUUGACACUCACCGCUAUGAUCUGUCGUCCAUGAUCAUGCUGAAGGACAACCAUAUCUGGGCCACCGGAUCGAUCACCAAGGCUGUUGAGUCUGCUCGCUCUGUGGGCGGAUUCGCCUUGAAGAUCGAGGUCGAGUGCCGAUCGGAGGAGGAAGCCAACGAGGCCAUCGAGGCUGGGGCGGAUAUCGUCAUGUUGGACAACUACAAGGGCCAGGCGUUUGUCGAUGCCGCCGGUCGCCUCAAGGCUCAAUGGAGAGGCAAGAAGACGUUCCUGAUCGAAGGAAGUGGCGGCUUGACCGAGGAGUCGGCUCCCGAGUACUUUUCGAAGGAUGUGGACAUUCUGAGCUUUGGGUCCCUCACCCAGAGCGUCCCGCAUAUUGACUUUUCUCUCAAGGUCCAGCCUCAAAAGUUCUAG